CGCCCCGCUCGACCCCGGCGUGGUGCGCAGGCGCGAUAUCCCCCUAGCGCGACCCCGGCGUGGUGCGCAGGCGCAGUCUGCGCAGGGACUGGCGGGACUGCGUGGCGGCGUCAACAGUCAUGUCGGGGGUCCGGAGACUGUCGCGGCUGCUGAGCACUCGGCGCCUGGCGCUGGCCAAGGCGUGGCCAGCAGUGUUGCAAACAGGAACCCGAGGUUUUCACUUCACUGUUGAUGGGAACAAGAGGGCAUCUGCUAAAGUUUCAGAUUCCAUUUCUGCUCAGUAUCCAGUAGUGGAUCAUGAAUUUGAUGCGGUGGUGGUAGGCGCUGGAGGGGCAGGCUUGCGAGCUGCAUUUGGCCUUUCUGAGGCAGGGUUUAAUACAGCAUGUGUUACAAAGCUGUUUCCUACCAGGUCACACACUGUUGCGGCACAGGGAGGAAUCAAUGCUGCUCUGGGGAACAUGGAGGAGGACAACUGGAGGUGGCAUUUCUACGACACCGUGAAGGGCUCCGACUGGCUGGGGGACCAGGAUGCCAUCCACUACAUGACAGAGCAGGCUCCCGCCGCCGUGGUCGAGCUGGAAAAUUACGGCAUGCCGUUUAGCAGAACUGAAGAUGGGAAGAUUUAUCAGCGUGCAUUUGGUGGACAGAGCCUCAAGUUUGGAAAGGGCGGGCAGGCCCAUCGGUGCUGCUGUGUGGCUGAUCGGACCGGCCACUCACUAUUGCACACCUUAUAUGGAAGGUCUCUGCGAUACGAUACCAGCUAUUUUGUGGAGUAUUUUGCCUUGGAUCUCCUGAUGGAGGACGGGGAGUGCCGUGGUGUCAUCGCACUGUGCAUAGAGGACGGGUCCAUCCAUCGCAUACGAGCAAAGAACACUGUUGUUGCCACAGGAGGCUACGGGCGCACCUACUUCAGCUGCACGUCUGCCCACACCAGCACCGGCGACGGCACGGCCAUGAUCACCAGGGCAGGCCUUCCUUGCCAGGACCUAGAGUUCGUUCAGUUCCACCCCACAGGCAUAUAUGGUGCCGGUUGUCUCAUUACGGAAGGAUGUCGUGGAGAGGGAGGCAUUCUCAUUAACAGUCAAGGCGAAAGGUUUAUGGAGCGAUACGCCCCGGUGGCGAAGGACCUGGCGUCUAGAGAUGUGGUGUCUCGGUCGAUGACUCUGGAGAUCCGCGAAGGAAGAGGCUGUGGCCCUGAGAAAGAUCACGUCUACCUGCAGCUGCACCACCUGCCUCCGGAGCAGCUGGCCACGCGCCUGCCCGGCAUUUCAGAGACAGCCAUGAUCUUCGCUGGUGUGGACGUCACGAAGGAGCCGAUCCCUGUCCUCCCCACCGUGCAUUAUAACAUGGGCGGCAUUCCCACCAACUACAAGGGGCAGGUCCUGAGGCACGUGAAUGGCCAGGAUCAGAUUGUGCCCGGGCUGUACGCCUGUGGGGAGGCCGCCUGUGCCUCGGUACAUGGUGCCAACCGGCUCGGGGCAAACUCCCUCUUGGACCUGGUCGUCUUUGGUCGGGCAUGUGCCCUGAGCAUCGAAGAGUCGUGCAGGCCUGGAGAUAAAGUCCCUCCAAUUAAACCAAAUGCUGGAGAAGAAUCUGUCAUGAAUCUUGACAAAUUGAGAUUUGCUGACGGAAGCAUAAGAACGUCAGAACUUCGACUCAGCAUGCAGAAGUCAAUGCAAAAUCAUGCUGCCGUGUUCCGUGUGGGAAGCGUGUUGCAAGAAGGUUGUGGGAAAAUCAGCAAGCUCUACGGAGACCUGAAGCACCUGAAGACAUUUGACCGGGGAAUGGUCUGGAACACGGACCUGGUGGAGACCCUGGAGCUGCAGAACCUGAUGCUGUGUGCGCUGCAGACCAUCUACGGAGCAGAGGCGCGGAAGGAGUCACGGGGCGCACACGCCAGGGAAGACUACAAGGUGCGGAUUGAUGAGUACGAUUACUCCAAGCCCAUCCAGGGGCAACAGAAGAAGCCUUUUGAGGAGCACUGGAGGAAGCACACCCUGUCCUAUGUGGACGUCAGCACUGGGAAGGUCACUCUGGAAUAUAGACCCGUAAUCGACAAAACUUUGAACGAGGCUGACUGUGCCACCGUCCCCCCAGCCAUUCGCUCCUACUGAUGAGACAAGAUGCAGUGAUAACAGAAUCAGCUUUUGUAAUUAUGUAUAAUAGCUCAUGCAUGUGUCCAUGUCAUAACUGCCUUUAUACGCUUCUGCACUCCGGGGAAAAAGGAGUACAUUGAAGGGAGAUUGGCACCCAGUGGCUGGUAGCUUGCCAGGAACCCAGUGGCCAGGGAACGUGGCACUUACCUUUGUCCCUUGCUUCAUUCUUGUGAGAUGAUAAAACUGGGCACAGCUCUUAAAUAAAAUACAAAUGAACAAAC